AUGUCUUCCCCGGCCCUCGAACCAGAGCGGGAGCCACCGCUCGACGGAACCAGGCUGCCUGAGCUCUGGGGGGGCUGCCUGAUCGCCUUCCUCGUCAUCAACGAUGUAUCUACUACCGGCAGAGUAUGGGGCACGUGGAAGUCCGUGGGGAGCCGCCGGCUGGUCGUGGCCGAGGAAGUCCUGAUCAUUGCCAGCAGAACCUGGACCAUCAACUUCCGCGAUCCAGACCAUCCGGCGAAUCUAUCCAAUCCUUUCGAGGUAAUUGAGUACGUGAAGCGGAGCAAGAAACCCGUGUGGUGCAGCUUCGUCGACAUCGUCCUCUGGUUCCUGAGUGCUACAGCGUUCUACAUCUCUGAGUGUCAGCCGGCGCAGUGGUGCUUCCCGCGUUGUUUCGCCCAGUAG